AUGGCGUCCACUGCUGUUGGCCCGGUCAUGGGUGCUGCCGUACCACCCGCUGCUCGCCACAUUUAUCAGAUCGACUGCAACGCUCCAGUCGCGGGCAUGCCUGAUCUCCCCACUGGCUUUCCCGAGACACUGGGCCUCGAAUCAGCCUGGACUGGCCCGCAAUUCACUCAAGAGUUGCAGUACACAUACUACCUCACCAACUCAGAUCUUGAUGAGCUCAUGGCUGCAUUGAAACACUUCAAAGCUUUGGGACUUGACGGCGAUCUGGUUGACCAGGAAAACUUCCCUCUUCCUACCCUAGGGGCUACCCUUGGCCGUCUUGCUGGUGACAUCCAUCAUGGCAAGGGUUUUGCUGUAGUCCGCGGCAUUGACCCGCAGAAACACUCCAUCGAGGAUCUCACGGUAUUAUAUCUUGGCAUCCAGGGGUAUGUUGCCAACCAGCGCGGCCGCCAGGACAAGAAGGGAAACAUGCUUGUUCACAUUGUUGCCGACAACACUACCCAAGCCAAGGCAGAUCACCACCGCCAUUCUACAUCAUCCAUUACCUUUCACAACGAAGAGUCAGGCGACAUUGUGAGUUGGCUGACCAGAGCCACUGCUGCAACUGGGGGCAAGUGUAUUAUUGCCUCUGCCCACACCGUCUACAAUAUCCUUGCCGCCACUCGACCGGAUAUUAUCCGAACAUUAGCCCGUUCAGAUUGGCCUUUUGCCCUCCCCAAGUUCCAGUGCCGUCCAGUCCUGUUUCACCACGAUGGCAAAAUCAUCAUCAAUUUCGGUCGCACUCCCCUGAUGGGCAAUGCUACCCACCCCCGACCUGACCAUCUCCCUUCCCUCACCCCUCGGCAGAUCGAGGCCCUCGACGCAGUUGAGACCAUCGCCAAGGCCACACAGCUUGAGAUUCAGACUCAACCAGGUGAUAUUCAUUUCAUCAACAACUUGGCCAUCCUCCAUCGUCGCGAGGGCUUUGUCAAUGGGCAAGGUCCUAGCGAAAAGCGUCAUCUUGUACGAAUGCGAGUACGUAACACGGAGCUAGGCUGGUCCAUUCCCAAUGAGCUUCAGCGCGAGUGGUUCAACGCCUUCGAGAAACCCGCCGACCGUGUUUGGCAUCUGGAGCCCAUGCCUGAUGCUUUUUUCCCUCUGAGGAAGUAUCCCAACUAG